AUGCCUUUACUUCUCUUACAGAAAUGCUUUCUUUGAAGAAAUAUUUCACAGAAGGACUCAUCCAGUUCACCAUUCUCCUCAGCCUGAUCGGAGUGAGGGUGGACGUAGAUACCUACCUGAACUCGCACCUUCCCCCUCUGCGGGAGAUCUUUCUGGGCCAGAGCUCAGCUUACACUCAGACGCAGUUCCACAACCUGCGCAAUACUUUAGACGGCUAUGUUAUCCAUCCCAAAAGCGUAGACCUGGACUACUAUUUCACAGCUCGCCGGCUUCUUAACCAGGUGAGGGCCCUGGACCGGUUCCAGGUGCCCACCACAGAAGUCAAUGCCUGGUUGGUACAUCGAGAUCCUGAAGGCUCUGUCUCCAGUGCCCAGCCCAGUACGGGCAUCGUUCUUGAGAAUGGUGGCAGCUUGCAAGAUGGAACUGUUCCAGACAAUGUGGUGAGGGAAAGUGGAGCAGAGCAAGGCUUUGGCGAAGAGUCGGAAGACUUAGGUGCAGUGGCGCCUCCAAUGAAUGGAGACUUAACCAAAGAGGACAUUGAUUUAAUUGACAUCCUGUGGAGACAGGAUAUCGACCUUGGAGCCGGGCGUGAGAUUUUUGACUACAGCCACCGCCAGAAGGAGAACGACGUGGACAAAGAAGCCAGCGACGGGCAGGAGCAUGGGGAUGGCUGGAGGAGCCGAGAGGGCGACGUCGCCGACAGGGCCCUGCUAGUGGAUGGCGAGACAGGGGAGAGCUUCCCUGCACAGGUGCCUGGUGUGGAGGACCAGACAGCCUUGUCUUUGGAGGAGUGCCUUAGGCUGCUGGAGGCCACAUUUCCCUUUGGAGAGAAUUCGGAGUUUCCAGCUGCAGAUGCCCCCAGCCUGACCGAAGCUGUGCCUAGUGAGAGCGGGCAAUCUGCUGGGCUCCUGUCACCUCUUCUGGCAGAGACAGAGUUGCCCUUUGAUCUGGAGCAGCAGUGGCAGGACCUCAUGUCUAUCAUGGAAACACAGGGUAUGGAGGUCAACAGCACAGCGGCUGUGGAGAACUUGUACAACAGCACAGGCGGAGACAUCCUGACAGCCAAUUACAGCCUUGCGCCUUCCACCCCCAUCAAUCAGAAUGUCAGCCUGCAUCAGGCGUCACUGGGCAGCUGCACCCAGGACUUCCCUUCCCUGUUUAGCCCUGAGAUCGAGAGCCCUUUGCUGGCUGGCAGUUCGGCUUUGCUGCAGCUGGUCCCCGACAACUCCACCGGCUUCAGCUCCACUUUCGGCUCCACCAACCUGAGUGGGAUCUUUUUCCCUUCUCAGUUGAACAACACUGCAAACGAGACGUCUGGGCCUGACCUUCCGGAUCCUCUCGGAGGGCUCCUGGAUGAAGCCAUGCUCGAUGAGAUUAGCUUGAUGGAUCUGGCUAUUGAAGAAGGCUUCAACCCAGGGCAGGCCUCCCGCCUGGAGGAGGAGUUUGAUUCCGACUCGGGGCUCUCCUUGGACUCAAGCCACAGCCCUGCCUCUCUCAGCAGCUCGGAAGCCUCCUCCUCGUCUUCUUCUGCCUCUUCCUCCUUUUCUGAGGAAGGUGCCGUAGGCUACAACUCAGACUCUGAAAACGUGGACUUUGAGGAGACAGAAGGGGCUGUUGGGUACCAGCCAGAGUACAGCAAGUUUUGUCGCAUGAGCUACCAGAACCCUUCCCAGCUGCAUUACCUGCCUUACCUAGAGCACGUGGGUCACAACCACACCUACAACAUGGCCCCCAGGACCUUAGAAACAGAUGAGCCCGAGCCAGCCAGUGUGGGAAAGAAGAGCGCCAAGGAGAAGCAGGCGGACUUCCUGGACAAGCAGAUGAGCAGGGACGAGCACCGAGCCCGGGCCAUGAAGAUCCCAUUCCCCAAUGAGAAGAUCAUCAACCUGCCUGUAGAAGAAUUCAAUGAGCUCCUGUCCAAGUACCAGCUGAGCGAGGCCCAGCUGAGCCUCAUCCGGGACAUCCGGAGGCGGGGGAAGAACAAGAUGGCUGCCCAGAACUGUCGCAAGAGAAAGCUGGACACUAUCCUCAACCUGGAAAGGGACGUGGAGGACUUGCAGAGGGACAAGUCGAAGCUGCUCAGGGAGAAGGUGGAGUUCCUCAGGUCUCUCCGCCAGAUGAAGCAAAAGGUGCAGAGCCUCUACCAGGAGGUGUUUGGCCGCCUGCGUGACGAGAAUGGCCAGCCCUAUUCCCCCAGUCAGUAUGCCCUGCAGUACGCCAGUGACGGCAGCAUGAUCCUAAUACCGCGCUCCUUGGCUGACCAGCAGGGCAGGCGGCAAGAGAGGAAACAGAAGGACAGGCGGAAGUGAGGGGUGGCGAUGCUCAGCAGGGGAGUUCGAAACUCACUGAAACUACAUCUCAAGAAGGGCUGAGCCCAGAAGAAGCUUGAAGGAACUUUCACGCCCUUCUUAUCCAAUAUAUCUUCUCAAAACCAUGAUAGCUGCCAGUCAGUGUAUACGAGCAGACUGCAGGGCGGGGGGGCCGACAAGUCUGGAGGGGGCAAAAUGGCAAAGCAUGUUGGGAAAGACCUGCACCCCCAGCAGCCUGGAACCCG